UUGUAUUCUUGUAUGAUAUAAAGAAAGAGUGGCGGGUGGCAGUUGUCACCUUUGCUCUCUUCUUCUUCAGCUAUUUCUUGUUUAGAUUGUUCCCUCGCGGGCAGCCAGCCCAGUGCCCACCGUUGAGAAGUAGCCAGUUUGAGGCACCACCUUCUGCAAAAACCUGCCUUCUUUCUUUGUUCUUCUUUCCUCCUUUGUAUCCACCUCUUUCAUCGCUUUGGAUCUUUUAGCUCACCAUAUUCCUUACUCUCUUUCCCGCUAACUUCAGAACCUUCUUUCCAUAAUUGAUCGUUCUUCUUCCCGCUCACCUUCCUAAUAAAGGGGAGGGAGAUUGAGAGAGAGAUCAGAGAUGGGUGGUGUCGACGGAGUAGGAGGAGGAGGAGGCUUCAUGGAGUUCCACGAGGAAUUGUGUAGUGCUCUUCUUCCUAUCAGAGUCGUCCGUAGAGAUGGGGAGGCGAGAUCCGCCUGCCAGAGGGUUCAAGAUGAAGCGAAGAUGGUGAUGGAGGAGGAGGAAGAGUGCGUGACGCCCAAAUCGGAGGCGAACGAGCUCAAACCGGCGCUCGCAUGCCCUCCUCCGCCGAGGAAGAGCCGGCCAGCCAAGAGGAAACCAGAUAGUGCUCGAGUUUUCUUCUUCGUUCCCCAUGAUCUGGAGUCCGUGUUCAUCCCUCGCGACUUCCCUUUGAAGAAAAUCAGGGCGGGAUGAGGUUUUGUUACUUCGUUUUUCUUUCUCGUCUCUUGUCAUUUCCUACUCGUCAAAGAUUGGAGAAUGCAAAUACAUGUGUUGUUGAUGAUUAAAGUGUAAAUAUGGUGGUGGAGGGUGGGGAAAGGAGAUAGUUUUUGUCGACGACAGCAUUGGUUUUGAUUCGGUGUGAUACAGAAAUGUG